AUGAGCGCGGCCGUCAAGCGGGUGCGCAUCCAGGGCUGGACCCUCGCCGACAGCUACACCUUCAUCUCGGUCUUCCUGCGCAGAUACGCAACCUCGACUUCCGGAGACUCAGGAUCGCCAGGAUCACCAACAUCGACAUCGACAUCUACAUCAGCAUCUACAUCUACAUCGACAUCUCGCACUGCCCGCCGCCAUUUCCACGACUACUUCGUCACGCAUCUGCCGACCUCCUCGCUGCAUCCCGACUCCCGCGCCUCUGUCGGCCCGCAGCACCACCUCCCGCGCUCCGCCUCUGUCCCGCACGCCGCCUCGUCCACCGUCGCAGGCUCACGAACGACGGCCACCAUCUCCCCGGCCUCUCCAGGGCUCGCCAUCGGCCGCGAGACAACCGUCGUCCGCAUCCCCCUGCGCAGUGCAAAGCACCACUUCGGCGUCUCGCAUGUGCGUGGCUCCCGCCCGACCAACGAAGACACCUACCAGGCCGGCGUCAUCGACCUGCCGGCCUUUGCACGCCGGGCUCCCUUAUCCGUCACGGUCGGCCAGCAGGCGGCCGGGGAAGGUAAUAAAGCAGCUGACAACGCUACGGGAGACCCCCAGGUGUUCUACUUUGGCGUGUUCGACGGCCACGGCGGGACGGAGUGCAGCGAGUUCCUGCGGGACAGGCUGCAUGGCUACAUCCAGCAGACGGCCGUCGAGUUCGGCAUGGAGUCGGCGCUGUCAAAGUGCGUCGAGAGCCAGCGGCUGACCAACAGAGCCGUCCGCCAUCGAGAGCGCGUGGGCGAGGUCAAGUACGGCGUCUCUCCCGGGUCUAUCACUACGUAUUCUUCUACGGAUGACAAGCAGCGCAGCCACGCGGUGCAGGGGGACCUGCCGAUCCUCCAGAAGGCGAACAGAGAACGCAUCGGCGCCAUGGAGAAGAAGCUCGUCGCGGACUGGCGGGACCUGGUGGGCGGCUACUUUCGACGUUUCCAGCCGCUGCACUUCUCCUACGCCGGGGCCGAACCGACUGGCGACGGCGACGGCGACGGUGACGAUCAUCACGGCACCACCAUCAAGCACGCCGAACCCGAUGCUGAAGGGGAGGACAUCCGGGUCAGCGUCCGGUCGGGCGUCUCCAUCGAAGAAGUGGUCGAGUACGCCUUUCUGCGCGCCGACUUGGACUUCGUCUCCGAGCAGGUCUCCAAGGGCGACUCCAAACAGCCCAUCCCGACCAGCCCCGAGAAGCCUCUCAACGAAUAUGACAUCCUGCACCAGCCCAACCGAUACCGCGACGACAACAUGCCCGGUGGUAGUGGCCGCACACCUCACCACCGCCACCAUAAGACCUUCAAGGGCGGCAGCACCGGCAGCAUCGCCAUGAUAUCGACGCCCACGCCCACCCCCUUCUGGCACCCGGACGCUCCCUCUUCGCUGCUCGUCUCGCACAUAGGCGACACCCGCAUCCUGCUCUGCUCGACGGCAACAGGCCACCCGAUCCCGCUCACGACCGACCACCACCCGUCCUCGCCCGUGGAGAGCGCCCGCCUGCAGCGCUACGCCGCGACCUUCGUGACCGACUCGUUCGGCGAGGAACGCAUGUCCGGCCUGGCCAACACGCGGGCCUUUGGCGACCUCACGAGCAAACGCAUCGGCGUCUCUGCCGAGCCCGAGCUGCGACGCAUCGACAUGCGGCCGGCCGAGUACUCGUUUCUCGUGCUCAUGAGCGACGGCGUCAGCGGCACCCUGAGCGACCAGGAAGUCGUCGACAUCGUCAAGGAGGCCAAGACGCCUGACCAGGGCGCGCGAGACGUCGUGGCCUUUGCGACCGAGGGAGUGGAGGAGCAGAGACGCUGCCGAUCCGAGGAAGCGAAGGAGAUGAUUAUUUAUAUUCCAUGGCCUUUGAUAGCAUUCAAUUGUCCUGCUUCGAUAUUGGUUUCCAAACUUGCAUUCUAUUCAAUUCGAUUCGCCUGGAUUGACCAAAUAUUGAUCCUCAGCCUGGCUCCUCUACUACAAACUACAACAACAACCACUAUCACCACUACAAUCAACAUCACCACCAGCAUCACCAUCACCAUCACCAUCACCAUCCACGUCAACGUCCACGUCUUCGACCCAGAAAAAAAAAUACUCCAGCAAAAAAGCCUGCAGGCAUCAAUCAAUCAGCCAACGACCUCAAAGACGGGCACAAACACAGCGACAGAGACAGCAGAGACCAAAGAUAAGACAACCAUCUUCGUCUUCGUCGUUUGCUGGCUGCUGGCUGGCUUCAUACCACCGACUAUCGCCAUCACCAUCACACGCGACAUGUCCGCUCGCACAAGGCGACAAAAGGCCGCCCAGCAGGCUCAGGCUCAGGCUCAGGCUCAGGGCGACGACGAGCACUCCGACUCUCUCGCCAACGGCCACAGCAACGGCUCCAAGAACGGCUCGGCUGAGUCGCCCAAGAUGAACGGCAGUGCCAGGCGCAAGAGGUCGCCGCCGCGGGACGGCCAGCACAGCGAGAAGGAGAACAUCUUCCUCUUCUGGCCCAACAUCAUCGGAUACAUCCGUAUUGUCCUCGCAACCGCCUCGCUCUACUACAUGCCCCUUCACCCCCGAACAUGCUCGGCCCUGUACAGCGUCUCCUGCCUGCUCGACGGGCUCGACGGCUACGCUGCCCGCGUCUACAACCAAUCCACCACCUUCGGCGCCGUGCUCGACAUGGUCACCGACCGCUGCACCACCGCCUGCCUGCUGGUCUUCCUCAGCUCCGCCUGGCCUCGCUGGGCCAUCCUCUUCCAGGGCCUGAUCUCCCUCGACCUGACCAGCCACUACAUGCACAUGUACGCUACCCUGACCAUGGGCGGUUCCAACCAGAGCCAUAAGAAGAUCGAUUCGAGCCGCAGCUGGAUCUUGUACCAGUACUACAACAAUAAAGCCGUCCUGUUCACUUUCUGCGCCAUGAACGAAAUGUUCUUCAUCGGAUUGUACUUGCUUUCGUUCUCCUCGCCGACCCUCUCGCCCUCCCUGCUGCAGCCCAGUGCGGUCCCCGUGGCCCAUCCGACCACCCUCUUUGCCAACCCGUGGAGCGCCGGAGCCCUCGAGAUGGCCCGCGCAAACAAGAUGGACAGCUUCUGGCCGUGGGUGCUGACGGGCAUCUCGGCUCCCAUCAUGGCCGGAAAGCAGUUCAUUAACAUUGUUCAGAUGGUCAAGGCCAGCCGGUGGUUGGCAGAGGGAGACAUUGCCAGACGGCGCAAGCUAGGCAUCGCAAAGUGA